AUGCCCAUUAUUUCCCCCCCCCCUCUGGCCGCUCACGCACGCACACCCGGAACAGCCGACAAGCCGACAGGCCGACGACAACCGUCCGCGACAGUGGGGCCCACUGCGUCAGUUUUCACUCUCUCGGCCGGCAUUAGCCAAUUCGAGGACCUCGAUAAUCAGCUGAGUUCUGUUGGUCUGGCCUAA